AUGUCAGAAUCGAACAGCCUGAUAGACUUAGCUAUUAUCAACGAUGAAAUGCCAGAAAGAACAGAAUCAAACAUUAGUGAUAAGUUAACAAUAAUGACAGCAAAGCGUGGCGCAGAUGCAAAAAGUUACUGCCCGCGCUGUCUUAGUGGAAUUUUACAGCAACCUUUGAGCAAGCAGAAAUCAUCUCAGAAGAUAUUGUUGCCUGCAAAGAAUAUGAUUUCCGAGUACACAUUAAUGGAAUCAGUUUCAUCCAUGGUAGAGAAGUAUGAAGGACGAUCACGUAUUGAAAGUGAACGUGGUCACUGA